UAUUGACUACACUUACCAUUAUCAAUGCCAUUCCGUUUCAAAAAAGAGCGACUUUCUUUGGUCCAUGUCCUAACAUAGAAGAUACAUUCUCUGUAAAAAUGGAUCCUGAUCCACUUAUUUCUCCACAUCUCAUAACUUUUACUAUUACCGGAAAAGAGACGACUAGUCAAAUUAUCGGCGCACUUGAAUCACUUUUUGUUACAAUAGGUGCUAGCAUUCCAAUACAAACUCCCAGUGCAUUUCCUGUUUGUAAUGCAACUAAUUGUCCAAUUUCUCCUGGAGUCGAGUAUACUACAACAGGCACAUUUUUUCUAGACGCCCCUUUACCUCCAUCAUAUGAAAUUGUAUUACAUAUUGGAAAUGUAUAUGGUUCUCCACGCCGAAAUUUACCGAAUUCAAACCAUAUUGAUGGAAACUCAUCCACUUGUCCAAUGGGAUCAGUUGUACCCAUUAAAGGUAAUAUUUCUGAAUCUUUCGGUUAUAAACUUACCCUUCAAUCCAUGUCUUUCACUUAUUGA